GUUCGGCUUAAAGAUCUAUGCCGCUCCCAGCGCUUUGUUUUGUUACUUGUUUUCACAUUUCAGUCGUAAUAGAUUAUUGAACAGCUGAAAUAAUUUUAUUUACUUGGUUAUAAGCCUAUUCUUAUGAACUAUACCUUAUUUUCAUAAUUUUUUUAACUCAAUUCAUUCACAAGUUAUAGAAGUGAUCUUUAUAAAGUGUCUGUGUGUAUAAUUCUAUACUCUAAAAACUAAAAUCAGCAAUCGGCUUACAUCAAAGAAAUGGAUGUUUUAAUAUCUCUGUUUUACGUACUGUUCGCUUUAUGCAUAGUUUUCCCUCCCACGGAGUUCGUAUCCGCUGGAUUCACAAUACCGCAGCUGUUUGAAAGCUUUCUUGGUUCAGAAGAUAAUAACUUUAUUAAAUAUCACAUGAGGAGAACAUCAAUAACACUUUUAAUACACUCCUUUUUGCCCUUGGGAUAUGUUGUCACAUUGUGGUGUUGUGGUGAACGGGGUGAAUGGAUGCCUUGCCUUUUUUUUGCAUCUUGUUCGAUUCCUUUUCUUGCCCUGUAUAAAUUAGCUUGUUGGUGGGAACAUAAUCAAAUAAAUCAUCCUGUGGUGAAAGCUCUUCUACCCUAUGCAGAAGUUGAAGGAGAUUGGAGAACAUUUGCUUCAAGCUUUAAUAUGGAAUUUAGAGGCUCUAACAAUGUGUUUAUACCUUUGAAUAAUGUAAGCACAGUGAAAAUAACAACACGCUGGAUCAUUAAAGUAUCUCAAUAUAGUAUUAACCUGGUACAACAAGGGGACUGCACUUUAGUCGCUACAGGUACUGACACUCAUGACUUAGCCCCAACAGGUGAAAGUGAAAUGCAAUAUCUGAACAUAGAAGCCAUCCCAGAAAGGGAAAAUGUCAAACCUUUUUCAUUUCGUAUCUCAUCAAUAACUCUGCGGGAAUUACAGCCUAGACUAGAGCGGCCAGUUAGGGUACCAGAACACAUUUCGUUGAUUCCCCCAUUGAUUGAAAGAUUUAUUAGUGUAUUCAAGGAUCAUGUUAGACAGAACCCUGUGUAUUAUGUAGAUCAGGAGUUAGAACAAUGUAUAGGAUGUAUGAACAAUCAAGCUGAUAUUAAGAUCAAUAAAAGGUGUGUAUCUGAUUCUUUGAAUGGGACCAGAGCACCUUGCCAACAGUGUAAUUGUAGAGUCCUUUGGUGCGCGCCAUGCAUGGCUCGUUGGUGGGCAGCUCGAGCAGGCAGCCUAUCGCCCAAUGCCUGGCUGGCAGCACGCGGCUCGUGUCCGGUUUGCCGCGCUGUCUUUUGUAUGGUCGACGUAAGCCCCGCUGAAAAAAGACGUGUCUCUCAUUAGAGAGGAAAAACCACGGUGUAGCGCUAACUCACUAAUAUGCAAUGGUGCGUCAACCCAUUCUUCCAAAGUCAAUACAGCAAGACGUAAAUCUAAUUUCAAUCUAGUUUGAAAAGCCGUCAUUUAUGCUUCUCUGCCAUAUUUCUGAUGAUUUUCUUGAGAUUCCUAUUAGAAUAUGGGCCUAGCGCAUGGCAUGUCACUUGUACAACUAUCCUAGGUAAAUAGAGAAUUUCCUCGAAUUAUAAUUAAAUAAUUAUAUAAAGUGCUUAGAAUUUACUUUAUUAUUGUGUUCUGUUUAAUAUUGAGUUAGCGCAACAUGCGUCGAUGAGAGGCGAGCUUUGUUAUUUCAAAUUUUGCUGAGUGCCUAUCUGACUGAUGAGUCUAUUUAGCUUUCAAUGUCACGCUGUCAAAGCUGAAGUACAUUUGGUAUCAUAAAAGUAUUCUAUAAUGUCUAUGGACAUUAAUAAUGUAAUAAAUAAACUUUCUGUGCCGAAGAUUCAAUUAUUCAAGGAAUAUUAAAGGACUAUCUUAUGUUCAAGAAUCCUUAAAACGGACUUCACAACAUAAACGUUGGCCAACUCGUAUAAGUCAGUGACUUAUAGAUUUUUCAUAUUUUUUUUAUUUGGUAGAAUGUGUAUCUACAUGUAUUUUUAUAUUGGACUAGAGCCAUUAGAUGCGCAGCAUACGUUUAUGCGGUUUUAUUCUACUAUAAGUACGUGUUACGAAGUUACGUCUUGAUUACUGUUAUUACAUCAACUAGGUAUUCGAUUUAACGUAGCUCAUGCUACGUUAAAUCGAGUGCAGAUCUCAACUACCAUAAACAAUCGAGUUUAUGAUUUACAAGAUAUUUCCUAAUUAAAUAAGGUGUUCAAAUUUAUAUUUUCCUCUAUAUACAUUUUAUAUAUAAAAAAAGACUGCUAGUAUCUUAGUCAAGAAUACUUUACGCUAGGGUUGAACGCCAUUCGAUUUUUUCAAGAGUUGGUUACGUGACCAAUUCUGCUUCACUAUUGCCACUCUCAUUAUAUACUACAAAAGAGAGUCAUAUAUCUCAAAGUAUGUUUAGCUAAGGUAUCUGAUAAUACAUAUUUAAGUAGAUAGUUUACAAUUACUUUGCCACACCCAGCUGAAGGCGGAGGAUUGAUACUAUUUUUUUUCUUAGGAAUUAUAAUUUUAAAUUUCAUUUUUUAAGAUUUAUUUUUAAAAUUAUUAAAUGUUUAAAUGGUGUUAGACAAUUCAAUGUUUUAUCAUCACAUAAGUUUCAUUCUUGCCAUUUCGUGUUCACAAAGCCAUUAUUUCAUUUAAUUGUAAUAAACAAUCUCAGUUUUGCCAAAGACAGUUGUUGUAUUAAUUUUAUAAAUAAUGAACCAUUUUAAUGUAAUCCCAAUGAAUUGUCGCCACGUUUUGUUUUUAAGUUAGUUGUAUUUUUUAAAUUUUAAUAAAAACUCACAAAAAAAAUCUUAAUUAUAGUUUGAUGCUUUAAUGCGUUUUUAAAUAAUUGGUAUUUAGUUUUAAGGUUUUUUUACUUAAUCAUACAAAUUACAACUACUUAUGUCAUAAAAAUUAAUUUUUAUACCUUUUGUCUACAAAUUGUAUCUUAAUUCUUUAAUAAAUAUCUACAUUUAAUGGGUA